CAGGAGAGAAAAUCAAGCAGAUGUAACAUGAAUGACACUACACCGGCGCCAGAUGUAGCUGUCGACGAAGGCAGUGCUGACACCCCUCCCGAGAGCAACAACGUGUCAACCGCUGGUCUCAAUGAAGAGCCAGAACAGAGGAAUUCACACGAAAAGGAUGAAUCAUUACCUAAUGAAUCAAACGGAAGUUCUGGCGGUCAGCCUAAACCAAACAUUGAUCCUCCCUGUUCCGGUCAAACUGACGACAGCCAAUCAGAUGCCGGAGAUUUGCCGCCAAGUGAUUAUCAUGUCGUCCUCCGUCUCUUGCACUACAUGCAAACACCGGACGAUAAUCAGUUAUGGUGGGCAGAGAAACCUCACCCAUUGUUUCGACACUUCGAAACAUCGACGACCGUCCUUGAGGGUGUUCUACGUAUGUUCAGGACGAACCCGGCGACGUUUUCUCGUCAGCAGAUAAUUUUGUUUCUCGCAGAAGUCAUUCAUAAGGCGCCAUUGUCGGACUGGGUUCGUCUAGAUGCCAUAUCAGGUCUGUGGACCUCACGCGAUGAGUCAGAGUUUGACGCAUCUUUCAUCAUCGGUCCUGGUGGACUCGGUAUUGUCUUGACCUACCUCAAGUAUACCUAUGACAUCCUUGACCGUGAUUUGGCUGACUGUCGCAAGGAUGCUUCGCUUUCGGAAGUUUGGACAUUCUAUGUCGCCCUUCCGACUGUUAUUUGUAAUCUGCUCACUAGAUUCCGUGCCAAGCAUGCUCAUGAACGCCACUUGUGGGAUCCAGAUGGAUUUCGUGAGCUUUCCACUCUGCUAGCUAAGUAUGAUCAACGACUCACGGUCGCAAAAGCCAAUCAUCGCAUGCAUCUGAUCCUGAAGAAGAUUGAUCUGGAGACUAUGACUCCGGCGCAGGUCCAGUUUGAUCUUACGAGCGCAUUUCAUGACUCAAGUAAUCCGAAAAUGAUGUACGCAGAUGUGGUGGUUGGUGGCGAGUUUGGUCUCCAUGGAUACUACAAGGACCUGGUAGUGUAUAUUCUUGAUGUGAUGCCACUUUCCGAGCCACACCACCGCGAGUUUUAUCAGCUGUUCUCGAAAGCGUCUCAUUCCCUUGCUCGGAAGGUUGUCAACUAUUUCAAGGAUGGACGACACAAAAGUACCAAGCCCUCGAAUAACAGCAAUAAGAACUCAAAGGAGGAACAAGGCCCAAGAACACGAUCCAAGUGUAACGCCAAGACUGGAAAAUGGAGGAUUCCCACGAACGAAAACACUGAUACCGACAGUUCAGAUGAUAUGACAAACACCGCUUCAUUAGAAUCACAGUGGUAUUGUGACGUUGAGGAGAAUCAACCAGAUAUCAAAUUCUGACGGGGGUUGCGCCAUCCUGAGGACACUGAUAAGGAACCUAGCAACC